AUGAACAACUAUUCUGGACUUCUUUAAAUUCUUGAAGAUUAUUUGUAUGUUUUAAUUUCUAUUAUCACUUGGACUGGAUAUAGAGUUUCUCAUUGUGAAAAUCAUCAUCCUGAAUUUAGGAAAUUUUUUGAUAUGCCUCAUAUUGAACUUAGUAAUGUUUAUAAAACUAAAAAUAGAAUUAUUUCUCCUUUUUUUAAUUUCUUUAUUGGUAUCCAUUGGGAAAGCUACCAUUUAGUCCACCAUCUUUUCCCAAGAAUGCUUUCUUGGGCAUAUGAAGAAGCUCAUAAUAUUUUAAUGAAGGAUUCUGUUUAUGAAAAUCUUAGUUUUCAUAAAAAAACUGGAUUUAUUAAUAUGAUUAAGUCUAUUUUGGAAACUCCUUAUAAAUAAUUAAUUGAAUAAUGA